AUGAAUUACUUAGAAGGUGUUGGAUCAAAGAAAGGAGGCGGUGGUAUAGCCUCAGAAUCUCAGUUUAACUUACAGCGAAGGAAAGAAGUUGAAUCAUUGCUUAGUAAAGGCGAGGAUGUACCGUACACUUUUCAAGAUGAGCAAGACGAUCAAGUGAGAUCUAACCCAUAUAUUUACAAAAAUCACUCCGGCAAACUAGUUUGUAAACUAUGUAAUACAAUGCACAUGUCUUGGUCCAGUGUUGAAAGACAUUUGGGUGGGAAGAAACAUGGAUUAAAUGUGUUAAGGCGUGGUAUCAGCAUAGAGAAAAAUUUUCAAGGAAAGGAAGGCCAAACAGCUCAGAAUUUUCUGCAACAACAAAAAAUAAUUGAAGCUAAGCAAUCUUUGAAAAAUAACGGCGCGAUCCCUGUUUGUAAAAUGGCUACUGUAAAAGGCCCAAAGACCGGAUCGGUAGGCUUGGCUAUUCAGGUAAAUUACGGUAGUGAAGACAAAGUAAAUGGCGCUGAUAGCAAUGAUACGGUUAAUAUUCCUCCUCUCAUCAGGAUUGUAUCGGGGUUAGAAUUGUCAGAUUCAAAACAAAAAGGAAAAAAAUUUCUUGUUAUUGCGUAUGAACCCUUUGAAAAUAUCGCCAUUGAGCUACCUCCAAACGAAAUAGUAUUCGGUGAAAAUAAUGAAAUGAAUACUAGUGAAGAUGGAGUGGAUGAGUUGAAUAGAAAAUGUUCAUUUUGGGAUGCUGUCUCAAAGUUGUAUUAUGUUCAAUUCUUCUUUAAACAAGCGGAACCAGAACUAGCCGGUGCUUGA